AUGGUAACAGACCAAGCCAAAGAGGUGCAAGUGCAGAUAGCUAUCAAAAUCUUUGAAUGUGUUCUUGAGCCUGUUCUUCCAGGCUCAGUAACCUUUGAUAGAAGUAUUUUGGCUCCUCUUCGGAAUAACUAUUUGUAUGAGGAGUCUAAGGAGUGUUUUACAUAUAAUUCUGCAUGUUUGGUCACCAAUGCAGCGCUACAAAAAAGGUAUUCUGAUUUCCGUGCUGAGAAACAGGCAAAAGGAUAUUCUGAGGAGGAAUUGGAGGAGUCAUUUGGAUUCUUGUUGUUUAAUGAUAUAUCCAGGGCAAAUAGGCUUGCGGAUACAGGCUUAAUUGUUGGGCAGGGGACUUGCACCACGCUUGGAGAUUGCUCAAAAGGUGUGUAUAUCUCAAAGUACUCAGACUGUCUUGACCUGAAGCGCUGGUAUGAUGGGAAAAAGGGCUACAUUGUCCUGUUUAAGCUGACUAAGGGUCGAGUCAAGGAAGUAACAGAAAACUAUACACAGAAUUUCACACCUCCAACUGCUGGGUAUGACUGUCAUGUGUCAGAGCAGCUCAGAGCAGUAUGUGCAACCACCAGCUCCUUCCUGGCCUUUGAACGGACUCAGUAUUACAUGUACGAACUGCUCGAUGGAAGAAAGGUUGAGCAAUGCCCAAGGCAUGUGCUACCAUUUGCUAUCGUGUGUUUCUCUUACGGAAAAACUUGCACCCUGCUCAAGGAGAAAAGUCAAGAGAACACAUCAUUUCAUUACCAGCCCUGGAGGGGCCAACUCAAGAUUGGCUCCAUUGUGUACAACAUUGGGUUGAGGUCCAUCCAUGGAGCAAUGUUCCCAGCAAAUCUUCCAAAGACAGUUCAAGUACACCAUGUCAUCGGAGUCUCAGAACUGAGGAAGACAUUACCACAAGCAGUUUUUGAAACUUCCCUCCUUGGUGAAGUCUUUCUAGAUAGCAGAUGGUUUAGCUUGUAUGAUGUCAUCUCCUAUGAAACAAAAAAUGACCUGGCUCUUUUAACCCAGGAGUUGAAGAGGAAAGACUUGAGACCAAAAGUGAUCACAACAGGAAUAUAA